UUAAAAAUGGCUGCCUUGUUGUUGGCGACUGUUGGGCGCUUGUUUGCAAAUUAAUGUUUGUUUCUUUUUAAUAACAUGAGUGUGGUCAUUAGUUCAGAAGUAUCGGUAAAAUUAAGUUUAUAAAUAAGUGAUUUGGUGAGUGUUAAUUGAUAUCAGUGCUUCUAUUCCUUUAGUGAAUUCGUUAACGUAAUAGGUAAUGGCAACGUGAGUUUUAAUGCGCGAAUAAAUGGCCAUGUUAUUUCUUUAUACAAGGCGCUAGCUGUAUAGCAGAGCAUUUAGGCGGCCCAAAUGACAUAAGCCCACCAUACGAUUAAUAUAGAUAAUAAGAUAUUCAAGAUGUGGCCGGCAUCUCAAUAUUCGCAUACAAAUCACCAGGCCAACGCCUCCAAGUCCAAUGAACACCAAAAUCAACAGAACCUGAAGACGCUCGGCAUGACUUCAGCUAUUUCUAUGGCAGGUCCGAAACCCAUCGACAUUGAGAAGACAAAUGAGCUCAAGGAAUCCCUGGUGCCGUUUGGUGUGUUUGAAUCCGAGGCUGAGAUGCAUCACAGGAUGGAGGUGCUCGGAUCCUUACAUCGGCUGGUCAGGCAGUGGAUAAGAGACGAAUCCUUGAGGAAGAACAUGCCACCCAGCGUAGCUGACACAGUCGGAGGCAAUAUAUAUACAUUCGGAUCAUACAGGCUCGGGGUGCACCACCGAGGCGCGGAUAUUGACGCCUUGUGCGUGGCUCCAAGACAUAUCGACCGGUCGGACUACUUCCAGUCAUUCUACGAACUGCUCAAGGAACAACCUCAAGUGAAAGAUCUCCGAGCUGUGGAGGACGCGUUCGUGCCCGUCAUUAAGAUGAACUUUGACGGUAUCGAAAUAGAUCUGUUGUUUGCCAGACUAGCUCUCAAGGAAAUACCAGAUUCCUUCGACCUCCGAGACGACAUGCUCCUCAAGAACCUGGACCAGAAGUGCGUGAGGUCGCUGAACGGGUGUAGAGUCACCGAUGAAAUACUGAGAUUGGUCCCCGAUAUAAAUACCUUUAGACUCACCUUGAGGGCUAUCAAGCUGUGGGCCAAACGGCAUGGAAUAUAUUCUAAUACCCUGGGUUACCUCGGCGGAGUGUCCUGGGCCAUGCUAGUGGCGCGAACCUGUCAGUUGUAUCCCAAUGCGUUACCAGCUACAUUACUACACAAGUUCUUCCUCGUCUUCAGCCAGUGGAAGUGGCCGCAGCCAGUACUCCUCAAACCACCGGACUCGGUCAAUCUGGGUUUCCCCGUUUGGGAUCCGAGGGUUAACAUGUCGGAUCGCUACCACCUGAUGCCCAUCAUAACACCGGCUUACCCACAACAGAACUCCACGUUCAAUGUGUCGUCAUCCACGAGGACGGUCAUCAUGGAGGAGUUCAGGCUGGGUCUUGCUAUAACUGAUGAGAUAAUGCUCGGAAAGUGUGGCUGGGAACGGUUGUUUGAAGCUGCAAAUUUCUUCUCCCGCUACAAACACUUCAUAGUACUGCUUGCGUCAUCGGCUAACACCCUGGAUCAGCUGCCCUGGUGCGGGCUGGUCGAGAGCAAGAUACGACACCUCAUCACCACACUGGAACGAAACCAGCAUAUAACCAUUGCUCAUGUGAAUCCGGAGUGUUACAACUCCGUGCCUCUCAAUACUAACAACGGACAUCCGCUCGCCUUACCUCCAGGUACACCAGUACAAACAGAGGAACACGGCGCCGCUGAAGUUAAAAAUGAUAAGGGCGAGAUAGUGGCAAACGUCUGCUCAAUGUGGUUCAUAGGUCUGGUGUUUGACAAGACCAAUGUCAAUGUUGACCUCACAUAUGAUAUAUCGUCAUUCACAAAGGCCGUACACUACCAGGCCGAGAACACUAAUGUACUUAGAGAGGGAAUGACUAUAGAGGCUCGUCAUGUUCGUCGUAAGCAACUUCAUCAAUACCUGUCUCCGUCACUACUAAGGAGAGAAAAAGUUAACAAGAGAAAGAAUGAAACACUCGCUGUUCAUACAAAGAAGGCUAAGAGGGUAUCGGAAAGCAGUGCGGAUGAGGUGAGCGUGCUAUCGUACACCGAGGACUCGAACUCGUCUAACAUGUAUGAAGUGAACGUACAGAACGGCGCGCAUCAAGAACAGAAGACGAGCGAGAAGGUCGACAGGGGGUCCAGCUCGAGCGGCAUAGCGUGCACGUAGCACUACGAGGAGUGGCGGCGCCGGUUCAUAUACGGACCCACCGGCCACAAACACAGGCGACUGUGAACUGACAGUGACAGUGACGGGUGACAGGUGACAAGUGCUAGUGAUAAGUGUGACGUGCGGAUAGUGAUGUGACGGCCGAUGUAGGUAAGUCGAUAGUUGGCCGGGUCACGGAGGUGCGUAUGGUUUGUGUUGUUGGUUGCGACACGUGUAUCGAUACUCGUUGAUGUUGUCUCGUUUCAGGUCGGCCCUCGACGGCGGACACGUGAGUCGGUUCGAACGAUAGUUAGGUUGUAGUGGCGUUCGCGAGGAAACUAUUUAGACUUCGGACGCAGCUCCUUUUAUAAAUUGUAUAAUUGUAAAUUUUAAUCUUUUAUGGCAGAGAUAUAUUUGGAGAGUUUUAUAAUUAUGGAUAUCUAGUUUAUACGAAGUUUUUCAUGGAGUACCAUAGGACAUUUUCACAGGAUGUAAAUAGGUUUCUUGCAAACGCCUAUGUAGUACAAAGUGGAAGAAACUAUUAGUGAAUUAUAACAAAUAAUUGGACAGUGUGUUUACUACCUUAUUAUACUUUCGCCCCGAAACCACCUUUUUAUAUACUCGUACUUCUUCUACUUAAGGAUUUAUUCACACUAUUCCAACUAUCAUAGCAAAUGUUUACUAUAAAUUACUUAAAUAAGAAUAUCGCAUCAUUCUUUUUGGUUUCAUAAUUUAAUUAAAGUUCUCUUCCAAGUUCUGUUACUAUCUUAAUUUCAAUGUAUAUAUAAAUAUAUAUAUUAACCUUGCUCUACAAAUAUCAAACGAGGUAUGGCUCUACAGUUCUUCUUAGUUUUGAAUCACUAAUUUUCAUAUAAAAGAAUCGUUCAUUAAGUUCAUCGUUUUAUGUGGAAAGUUAAUUUAAGUAUAUGAUAGGGUAAUAUUGGCAAUGUUGCCAGUUUAAGAACUAUUGACAGAUGAUUGUGUUUCUUAUUGUGACAGUGUUCCAAAAAGAAUGGAUGCCAACUCACCGAGUAGAACAAAUUAUAUGUAUUUUGGGAUAAUGAGGAUAAAACUAUACAUAUGUUGUGAUUUAAUUCUUAAUCUACAAUUUUAUAAUGAUAUAAUCAUCCGACCGCACUGAAUCUGAAUAUUAAUAAAAGUCCGUUUCUGAGAUUCAAUGUAAAAAUGCGAUUUUAAUAACUUUCAUAUAUUCCAUAUUAAUAUUUUGUCCAUAGUGUUUGGAAAAUUGGCAAUUCUAUGUUAUUUUAGGUCUGUGGUCAAACAAUACUUCACCGUUUCAUUAGUAACCUCAAUGUCUCCUGUUAGCCUUGGGACACAUUUUACAAGACAUUUAACGUAAUACAUCUCUGUACUGUCAUACAUACAAUGAGUACUUUCAUUAGAAUUUUGGUUUUUGAUAAAUUAUUAUGUCAAUGACUGUCGAGGAUGAUUAAAACAAUAUAAAAUGCUGAUUGAGACGUUUUAAUUAAAAAUCACACAGCGAAAGGCGAAAGUGAAUGUCGACAAACUUGAUUCCACAUAGCUCCUAAGGAUCUUUAGUUUAUUCUAAGAACCCACUUAAUGUAAGUUGUAUAUAUUAAUAGCCAAUUCAUUAUAACUAUAUAUAUAAAAAUACGAUACAAAAAAAAUAUUAAAAAAAUUAAUAAAAUAUAUAUACAAGGGGU